CGAGACCCCCUGGAUACUAUCUUGAUGCGAUUGAUUUUUUUUUUCGGCGUUCGGAACAAGAAAUUCGAGUUCAAGUCAGGGUUCGAGUGGAAAGCUUAUUAUCAGAUAAAGUCUUUCUAGUUAUGCAUCUGCAUCCCCUCACAUACCAAGGAUCAGAACGCGGAAAUGACUGCCCAGAAUUUGUUCAGCGUCAGCAUUUUCUUCAUCGUCUUCAGAGAGACUCUUGAAGCCGUCGUCAUCGUAUCCGUACUCCUUGGUCUCGUCGAGCAGAUCGUCCAUGGCGACACAGACCAAUUCGCGACGAUUGCUCAGCAUAUUCGGCCCACUAUAGCUCACAACAACGACAGCGAAACGACUACGCCAGAAGAAGGAGAAUCCGAUGCCACCGUCAAGAGACGUUUGCUCCGUAAACUCAGAUUCCAGGUCUUUGCUGGUGCAGGCAUAGGCUUGUUCCUCUCGUUCGCAUUAGGCGCUGCAUUCAUUGCAGUUUGGUUUACCAAGGCGUCCAAUCUCUGGACCAAGGCCGAACUUCUCUGGGAAGGCAUCUUUGAACUCAUUGCAUGCUGGAUGAUCUUUGUCAUGGGCGUUACCAUGCUCAAGUUGGACAGGGCCAAAGCUAAAUGGCGCGUCAAGCUCCAACGCGCGUUUAGUGAUGAACACGUCGAUCGCAGCACAAGGACUGGGAAGUGGGUACUCUUCAUCCUUCCGAUGAUCACAGUCUUGCGCGAGGGAAUUGAAGCUGUCGUCUUCGUGGGCGGUGUCGCACUUGGACAGCCUGCAAAGUCAAUUCCGAUUGCAGCAAUCGUGGGCCUUGUUUGUGGACUUAUUUGUGGCUAUUUCAUUUAUCAGUUCGCUAGCCGGUCGACUCUUACGAUCUUCCUUAUUGUUAUGACGAAUCUGAUCCUCCUCAUUGGUGCAGGUUUAUUUAGUAAAGCUAUCUGGUCUUUCCAGGUGAACGCCUUCAACAAUUUACUUGGCAAAGAUGUGGACGACACGGGAGGUAACGGGCCUGGAUCAUACAAUGUCCGCGGAAAUGUGUGGCAUCUCGAUUGCUGUAAUCCUGAGACCGAUAUGUCAUGGGGCAUAUUCAAUGCUGUAUUGGGAUGGCAAAAUAGCGCCACGCUUGGCAGCGUGCUGAGCUAUGUGUUCUAUUGGAUCAUGGUAAUCGUAGUCCUCGUGCGUAUGAAGUUCAAAGAGGGUCGUACCAAGAUUUUCGGGUGGGAGUCUGCGGUGGGCAAGCGCAGGCGACUUGCAAGCGAAAAUCAGGCAGAGAAAUCCGACAGUGAAAAAGCCACACCCAUAAGCACCUCUGAAAGUCCGUUUGCUAGCGUCAUUUUACCGACGGAGGUGCAGUGAUGCGGGCGCUCGGCUUGCUCGGUUCUUUCGAUGCCUGGGUAAAGAAGAUACCUUGACGUUAUUCAUGCCGAAAAGACCGAGACUGUUCCCUAGACGGCAUCCCCACACCGUUCAUCUCUCUUCGUCGUUGUUUCUUCUUCGUUACUGUUUUCAUUACUUCUGACAUGGAAGUUGAUGUUAUGUUACUCCUAUGUAUCCAGCGAAUUACAAUCAUUCAAUUGCCAAUUUUAAAAUGAUGCAGACAAUAGUGAAUUAUAAUUGAAUUCGAA